UUCCGGGCAUGGAGCGGGUAAUGUCCAAUCACCAUCGACUCCAGAAGUGCCGGGUCAAAUAAUCUGCUUUUAUGUUGAACGCAACUGAGUACUAAUUAUGGUAAACACGUUCGCUGGAGGAGUACAAGCAGAACCAUAAAUUCACCUGCCCUACACAACAGCGAUAUGGAUGCUGAGGGUUUUGGGGAGCUGCUCCAGCAGGCAGAGCAGUUAGCUGCUGAGACGGAAGCUGUGUCUGAGCUGCCGCAUGUUGAGAGGAACCUUCAGGAAAUCCAACAGGCAGGAGAGAGGCUUCGAUCCCGCACACUGACACGCACCUCGCACGAUGCUGCAGAUGUAAAAGCGUCAAUCCUCCUCGGAUCCAGAGGUUUAGACAUCUUCCACAUUUCUCAGAGGUUGGAAAGUCUAAGUGCUGCCACCACCUUUGAGCCCCUGGAGCCAGUCAAAGACACUGACAUACAGGGCUUCUUGAAGAACGAGAGGGACAACGCCCUCCUGUCAGCCAUCGAGGAGUCUCGCCGCAGGACAUUCCUGCUGGCUGAAGAGUACCAUCGUGAGUCCAUGCUGGUUCAAUGGGAGCAGGUGAAGCAGAGAGUCCUGCACACACUACUCGGAGCAGGAGAAGACGCUCUGGACUUUAGUCAAGAUGUGGAGCCCAGCUUUGUGAGCGAAGUGACGGCUCCAGGAAGGAGUGCGUUGGACAGCGUGGAGGUGGCCUACGGACGACAGAUCUACAUUUUCAACGAGAAGAUAGUGAACGGUCACAUUCAGCCCAAUCUGGGAGAUUUAUGUGCUUCAGUCGCAGACAGCUUGGAUGACAAGAAUGUAUCGGACAUGUGGCUAAUGGUGAAGCAGAUGACAGAUGUGUUGCUGGUUCCAGCCAAAGACACCCUCAAGAGUCGCACUUCUGUAGAAAUGCAAAUGGCUUUUGUACGUCAGGCACUCAGCUUCCUUGAGAACAGUUAUAAAAACUACACCAUGGUGACUGUCUUUGGAAACCUCCAUCAAGCUCAACUAGGAGGGGUUCCAGGAACAUACCAACUGGUUCGCAGCUUCCUCAACAUCAAACUACCAGGACCCCUACCUGGCAUGCAGGAUGGCGAGAUCGAAGGUCACCCAGUGUGGGCUGUGAUCUACUACUGCCUGCGUUGUGGUGAUCUGAAUGCAGCCAUGCAGGUGGUAAACAGGGUGCAACAUCAGCUAGGAGAUUUCAAGACCUGGUUCCAGGAGUACAUGAACAGCCCCGACAGACGCCUUUCCCCAACUUCAGAGAACAAGCUUCGUCUACACUACCGCAGAGUGCUGAGGAACAGCGCCGACCCCUACAAGAGAGCUGUCUACUGCCUGAUCGGCAAGUGUGACAUCAGUGAUAACCACGGAGAGGUGGCAGACAAGACCGAAGACUACCUCUGGCUCAAGUUGAACCAGGUGUGUUUUGAUGAUGACGGCAGCAGCUCUCCUCAGGACAGACUCACCCUGCCGCAACUACAGAAGCAGCUGCUGGAGGACUAUGGAGAGUCCCACUUCUCUGCGAGCCAGCAGCCCUUCCUGUAUUUCCAGGUGUUGUUCCUGACAGCUCAGUUUGAGGCAGCCGUGGCGUUUUUGUUUCGUGUGGAGAGGCUUCGGAGUCACGCCGUGCACGUGGCGUUGGUCCUGUACGAGCUCCGGCUGCUGCUGAAGUCGUCCGGUCAGAGCGCUCAGCUGUUGAGUCAGGAGCCCGGUGAUCCUCCAAUGGUUCGUCGCCUCAACUUUAUCCGUCUGCUCAUGCUGUACACUCGCAAGUUUGAGUCCACUGAUCCGCGGGAAGCUCUGCAGUACUUCUACUUUCUACGCAAUGAAAAAGACAGCCAGGGAGAAAACAUGUUCAUGCGUUGUGUCAGUGAACUUGUCAUCGAGAGUCGAGAGUUCGACAUGCUGUUGGGAAGAUUAGAGAAGGACGGCAGUAGGAAGCCUGGAGUCAUAGAUAAGUUUGCCGGGGACACCAGAGCGAUCAUCAGUAAAGUGGCUCUCGAGGCUGAGAACAAGGGCUUAUUCGAGGAGGCGGUCAAACUCUACGAGCUGGCCAAGAAUCCAGAUAAAGUGUUGGAGCUGAUGAACAGGCUGUUGAGUCCGGUCAUCGCCCAGGUCAGCGCACCUCAGUCCAACAAGGAGAGGCUAAAAAACACUGCAGUGGCCAUCGCCGAGAGGUAUCGUGCUCAGGGAAUAGCAGGGGAGAAGUCGGUUGACAGUACUUUCUACCUGCUGAUAGACCUGAUGACGUUCUUCGAUGAGUACCAUGCCGGCCACGUCGACAGAGCCUACGAUGUGAUGGAGCGUUUGAAGCUUCUUCCUCUCAGUCAGGACAGUGUGGAGGAGAGAGUGGCUGCAUUCAGGAACUUCAGCGACGAGGUGCGUCACAACCUGUCUGAAGUGCUGCUGGCCACCAUGAACAUCCUCUUCACCCAGUACAAGCGCCUGAAGGGGGCGCCAGCAGGAACACCAGGACGACCACAGAGGACCAUAGAGGACAGAGACAUGCAACUGCGCAGCCAGGCCCGAGCCCUCAUCACCUUUGCUGGCAUGAUUCCCUACAAUAUGGCCGGCGACACAAACGCAAGACUGGUGCAGAUGGAAUUACUGAUGAACUGAGACGUCAACACACACACACACACACACACACACACACACACCACACACACACCCCUGUUUGCCAUUCUGUUUUGUACAGGCAUUCAUCAUUAACAGACACAUUGUUGUUACACCCAUCUGAGUUCCUGUCUGUUGUUUUUGUUCUUUUUUUCAUUUUGUUGUGUCAUAUUUGUAUCUUUUAAUGAUUUGGAAUAAAAAAAAAUAAUAAGUUGACUUUCAUUUGUCUUUUUAUUUUUUUUUAACAUUUUAAUACCCAUUGCAUUCAUUUGUUUAUUUUCAUUUCUUUUUUUUUUUUUUUUAAAGAGUCAUUUUUUUUCUUCAUGUUAAACACUUCACAUUAAAUUUUUUACAAAUGUCUAUAUCCAUGUAUUCUAAAAAGCAUCAGUUCUAGUAUUGGUUUUUGAUUUUCAAGUCAUCCCAGCACUCUUUCAACUUCUCCUGCAGCUGCUCAGAUUGAUUCCUCAGUCCGAGAAGCUGCGGAGUGGAUUUAUUCCACCUUUGAAACCAUUAAUCAUCACCUCUGGAGGGAGGAUUGCUGACCUGAGAGGAAGUUUAUUACACAACACAUCAUAACAAGGUGUCACAUUUUGACAGAUGUGUUUACACCUUCCACUAUGAGAGAAAGAGGAUGAAGUGAGCAGAUGUGUAACUUACUUAAAGAAGCAUUAUCCUUAUUAAUGUCUUAGUUUGUUUCAUGAUUUAUUCACAGGUAGAUCAGUGGCAAUGCAAGAAUUAGAGUGCAGUUAAUUAUUUAUCAGCAUGAUCAGAGACAGAAGUCUAAUUGGUAGAAAGGAGGAUAAUUUAAAGAGAAUCUACACACAGACUUCUUUUAAAAACACUUUUGUUCUUUCACUUUCGGUCAAUACACAGGAAACUCUAGUCACCUAUCCACAGAAUGGAGCUCUUUUCCAGGUCAAGUCGCAAUUGUUUUUGUCCCUCCAGGAGCAACAAGUCGGACAAAAUGUAAUUGUGAGUUUUUCUGAUCACGCUGCUUCGAAAUAAGUUUCUCUUUGGGACACGUCCUGGCAGCUGGUUGGUUGGCUGGAGUUUAGCUAUAAGACCAGUCAUUGGGGUUUAUUUUAUUAGUUUUUGUGUGGUUUUUUUUUUUUUUUUUACCACAAACUGCAGAAUAUACCACUGACCAGUCAUACUAGGUUUCAAACAAGGAGGUUUUUGCAGAUUCCAACAAUUUUGGCACCACUUUCAGAGAACAAGAAAAGCACUCAGAGUGCAGUACUCUGCUAAGGCUGAUAGGUUGUAUCAUUUCUGAAAUCUGGAAAAAAUUUGUGGCAGAAAUCAUUGCAACAUAGAAUGUGGCAAUUUAAUAUAGAUGUACCCAUAAAGAAAAUGACAUUGCGCUGAGUACAGGUGUGCGUUAUGCAUGUGUAUGUUAUAUACGGAUGCCAGAUCGUGUGACCUAAAUAUGUAGCAUGCGGCAAGAAUUGAUGGGACUCAGAAACACCCCCACAGUUUAAUCAAUUGUUGUUUGUAUCAUUUCCAACAGAUAAGUCCCAAUAAGUCCACAGCAGUGGAUUUGUAGUAGGAUCACAAUCAUGUGAUCAUCAGCAGGCAGCUGACAGUGUUCCCCUGAUGUCAUAGUUGCAGUGAUGUCUUGCCUAUUUUGCAGUGAUACAGAAAUCUUUAGCAAAUCCGUGGAUCCAGACCAUAAGCUGCAUCACAGUCAAAAUCUAAUCAUUUGGUCCUUGUGUCAUUUCUGACCUUCCCUGAAAAUUUCAUCCAAAUCUGUUAGUCUAUUUUUGAGUAAUGUUGCUAACAGACAGACAAACCAACGCCAAUCGUCACACAACUCUGCCGAGGCUCCGCCUCCUUGGCAGAGUAAUUAUGGGUAACAGUAUCGACCCACUUUGCUGUCAUACAUUGAUCUCAACAUUACUUUCACAUAUUUAAGGCCUUUUGUAAUCUGUCCCCACAUUUUAUUUCACUUCUUGUGAACAGUCAAGGAUGCAUGCUGUGAACUUUAUUGCCCAUCACACACUAUAACUGCCCAAACAUGCUCGAGCAUCCAGUGGAUGGAUGGAUACAGAGAUCGAUAGAUGCUUUUAUUUGUCAUCGUGUAAAUCUGAUGAAAUUUGUGACAAACAUCUUAGCGACCACACCUUUGCAGUCUACCUGAGCUACAGCAGCCCUGAUAAACAUCUACCAGCAGAACCUUAACAUCCACUGAGGCGUCUAGAAAUAAUCUAUCCCCUCGCGUUAAAUUUGUGGCCCACCCUCCGUGUCCUUCAGUCUGGCCUGAGAGAACACAGAUGGAGGCCCAUUCUGUCUUGGCUGCUCCACAUAACUGUACGAAGAUGUUGGGUUCAUCUGUGGCCACGGAUGAAGCCGAGCCAAGUACUACGGGCUCCAUGCUGUCGUAGCCGAGCAGCUUUUUAGUCUCGUGUUUACAUCUACUUUAACACCGUUGUUCUGACAGCGUACGUGGCUUUCAUUCUCAUGUGGUGGAAAGUGGUAUCUCCAAUUCAGACGCAGUUUACUGCUCAGUCUCUUUGCGUCUCCAGUGAAUGAGAUGUUUCCUUCUUUAUAACGUCAAAAAACCACAAUGAUCUGUGCGCCUUUGUGUGUUUUGACGCCUCCAGCAGCAGAAGACCAGCCUGCCAGGUGUGUGUGCUGCAGCUGGUGUUGUGAAUCAGGCCGAUGACAGACACCUCCUAUAACCCGGCUAUUUCACAACACCAGGGUGGCACCACACCACUGCCGACCAGAGGAAGAACCGCUGCGAGAACAAAUGGCUCGUUUUUACUAUGAUACUUCAAGCUCAUCCUAUAUUGUACUAAUAAUCAGCACUACAAGUACGAUUUGUAGUAAAAAUGUCUUUGUACACUGACGUUUUACUACAUAGAUUUGUCAGUUUUUAUACUUUUCUACACAUUCAUUUCAUAUUUUUCUGCUUUCUUUAAUCAUUUUAUUCUUUUUCCAUUAUUUUAUGACUUCACUCAUUUAUCGGUACAUGCACAUUUAUCGACUGACACGUUUUAUAAACUCAUCACUGCGAUCUGUAAAGCACACAUUUCCUAAAACUCUUCUUACCUUAUCGGUCUGUUAAUAAAUAAUAUUACCACUGUU